AUGGAGAAGAAGGCUAUUCAUUUCGGUGGUGGAAACAUCGGCCGUGGCUUCGUGGCGGAGUUCCUUCACACGGCCGGCUAUGAAGUCGUCUUUGUCGAUGUCAUGGACAAGAUCAUUGAUGCCUUGCAAAACACCAAGUCUUACCAAGUCACCGAGGUUAGUGAUGAGGGCGAAGCAACAAAGACCAUUACCAACUACCGCGCAAUCAACUCUAAGACACACGAGGCCGAUGUGAUCAAGGAGAUCUCAACUGCCGAAGUCGUCACCUGCGCCGUGGGCCCUAAUAUCCUCAAGUUCAUUGCCCCUGUCAUUGCCAAGGGUAUUGAUGCUCGCACCGAUGCCACCCCACUGGCUGUGAUUGCUUGUGAGAAUGCCAUCGGCGCUACUGAUACUCUUCACGGAUUCAUCAAGGACAACACUGCCGCAGACCGUGUUGACUCUAUGCCAGACCGUGCCCGCUUUGCCAACUCUGCCAUCGACCGUAUUGUCCCUGCCCAAGCCCCAGAUGCCGGUCUCAACGUCCGCAUCGAGAAGUUCUACGAGUGGGCCGUCGAGUCCGGGCCCUUCGGCGAGCACGGUCCUCCCAAGAUCGAUGCCAUUCACUGGGUCAGCAACUUGGAGCCUUACAUUGAACGCAAGUUGUUCACCGUCAAUACUGGACAUGCUACCGCGGCUUACUAUGGAUACAAUGCUGGCAAGAAGACUAUCGCCGAAGCCCUGAGGGAUGAGCGCAUUCGCGGUAUCGUCCGGGAUGUGCUUCAAGAAACCGCUGCCCUGAUCGUCGACAAGCAUGAGAUCAGCGCCACCGAUCAGCAAGAAUAUGUGGAGACGAUCAUCGCCCGUAUCUCUAACCACUACCUGGAAGACAGCGUUGAGCGCGUGGGACGAGCCCCUGUUCGCAAACUGUCCCGCAAGGAACGGUUCAUCGGCCCGGCCGCACAACUCGCUGAGCGUGGUGGAAAGUUCGAGUCAUUGUUGGGCUCUGUCGAGAUGGCUCUUCGAUUCCAGAACGUGGAAGGUGACGACGAGAGCGUGGAUCUGGCCAAGAUCCUCAAGGAUAACUCGCCUGCCGACGCUGCUGUCCGGUUGACCGGCUUGGACCGAGACCACCCUCUAUUCCCCCAUGUGGUCAAGGUCGUGGACGGUGUACAAUCCGACGCAAAGUAG